AUGGAACAACCUACAUUAGGAUUGAGUGGAUCCAUUCACCUCGAUUCCGUUCAAUUUAAUGAUGAAAUUCAAGGAAUUAUGGUGCCGGCGCCGGCGCCGGCACCGGAAAACGCAAGCUCAUUCACAGCUCUACUGGAGCUUCCUCCAACGCAGGCCGUAGAGCUUCUUCACUUGCCGGAUUGCGACGGAACAGACUCCCGGAGACUGCCUUGCUGCCACGUCAGCGUGAAUCAGAAACCCUAUCUUCCGAGUUCUUCCGACGGUAAUAAUUUGACCUUCCCUGUCAACGCUGCUUUGAUUGAACGUGCCGCGAAAUUCUCCGUGUUCGCCGGAGAUAUUUCCACCGGAGAGGCGCGGCUGUUUUCGCCGGUGUCUGAACCGAAUUUGGAAAUUGUGAAGAAUGAACCUCAAGAUACCGAUUCAAACCCUUGCUCGACUCAAGAGUGCGUUUCCGAUCCAGCUGUUGAAAACAAGAAUCAGAGAACCGUGAAGAGAAAGGAGCCAGAGAAGAAGGGUAAAGCGUGCUCGAAGAAGAGCAAGAGCAUCGCCGAUGAUACCUCCGGUGAGGGUGAGAAGCUUCCCUACGUCCAUGUUCGCGUUCGACGAGGUCAAGCCACAGAUAGCCAUAGCUUGGCAGAACGAGCUAGGAGAGAGAAGAUUAAUGCACGCAUGAAGCUUUUACAAGAGCUGGUCCCAGGCUGUGACAAGAUAUCUGGAACGGCAUUGGUUCUUGAUGAAAUCAUCAACCAUGUGCAAACUCUACAACGUCAAGUGGAGAUCUUAUCGAUGAAACUGGCAGCAGUUAAUCCAAGAAUUGAUUUCAACUUAGACAGGUUAUUGGCUACUGAUGGGCCAUCUUUAAUGGACAGCAUGUUACCUAGCAUGGCUACGCCUCUUGUGUGGCCAGAAAUCCCACUCAACAGUAACAGACAACAUUAUCAACAGCAGUGGCCAGUUGAUGAUGCAUUCCAUCAACCACUUUGGGGAAGGGAAGAAGACAACCAUAAUUUCAUGACUCAGGAAAACUCACUUUUGAGUUAUGACUCCUCGGCAAACUCAGCAUCUCUACACUCAAAUCAAUUGAAGAUGGAGCUCUGA